AUGUCGGGUGCACAGGCGCCGCCAGUAGAUCUGCGGGAUAAGAAGAUCACAAUCAACGACUUUGACCUCGGGAAAACGUUGGGUACAGGAAGUUUCGGACGGGUCCGCUUCGCCCAGUACAAACAUGGAAACCCGUCAAAAGAUUUCUACGCCUUGAAGAUACUGAAAAAGUCAGCGAUCAUUAGGCUGAAACAGGUACUUUGUAGUUGUAGUUGUAUUUCUACUUAUUCUUGAUCUUGACAAAACUAGGGACGACAGGAGGCAUUUAAUACGAUCCUCUGCAGGGAAGAUGACGAGUGAAAUCAUGUAAGAGUACAAGUAUGUGAAAGUUUUUCAAAUUCAAACCAAGAAAUGAUCAUUGAAAAAGGGUUUAUUUGCAAUCCAAACCUCCUCCUACAACAGGUGGAUCAUAUUACAAGCGAGAAGGAAAUUUUGAUGGGCUUAAAUCAUCCUUUUAUCGUCAACCUCUUCGGUUGCUUCCACGAUUCUCGGUAUAAUUGACUUCAUGUCGAGAUUCAUGCUUUUUUGGUUUCCAUCUUCGAACGUGCAGGGCUCAUCUUCUUUUUGCUUCGAGUUCGGAUGUCGAAAUCAUACUCGUCCACGACAUCCAACAUGAUACUCACACAAAGAAAACUCUAACUAUCAUCUUGCACCUCCAUUCCACAUCAGAUACCUCUACCUUGCACUCGAGUACGUCGUGGGAGGUGAGUUUUUUACGCAUUUACGCAAAGUCGGACGCUUUGAGGACGCAACCGCACGAUUCUAUGCAGCAGGCAUUACCAGUAUCUUCGAGUACUUGCACUCGAGGAACACCAUCUACCGUGAUUUGAAGCCAGAAAACGUCUUGCUCGGGAAAGAUGGGUACUAGGCUUCCACUGAUUAGCUACAUGGACUAGUAAGUUGUACUAAAGAUUAUCUGUGUGGUAAAAGGGACACGUUAAACGGCAGCUGGUGGUCUUACUCCUUGCGGGAUCCAUCACCAUCAACCUCGCUCAACGAAUGUAACAAGCAAAGAUGGCGAUCUUCCCAUGUCCUCGCCAGGUACCUAAAGUUGACAGAUUUUGGUUUCGCAAAGGUGAUCGAAUAUAGGACUUACACCCUCUGCGGUACACCGGAAUACAUUGCGCCGGAGGUGCUACUCAACAAAGGACACGGAAAGCCGGUACUAGACUUAGAUUUUAGAUGACACUCAAGCUCAACAUCAUACUUAACUAUAAUAUAUAAGUAGUCACUCCUGUCACAUUAUCCUACGUCUAAGUACUUAGUACGAGGAUACAGGUCAAACUGUGGACGGCGAAUCAAAUCCUAUCCUAUCAUAUCCUAUCCUAUGCUACAAUCUUCUUCUCAACUCCCACGACAGGUCGACUGGUGGACGUUAGGUAUUUUAGUGUACGAAAUGGUUGUCGGAUACCCGCCAUUCGUCGAUGAAGAUCCUAUGGGCAUCUAUCAGAAGAUCCUUUCCGGGAAAAUCGUAUUCCCGAAAUUCUUCGAUAAGAACGGAAAAAUGCUCGUCAAGAAGUUGCUGACUGCGGAUUUGGGUACUUAUCUUUUUCAUGUAACUUCAAGCAAAUGAGAUAGAAAUACAUAAUCGUCAGCCGCUAGUAGUGCAACUCAUCUCGUAUGACAGAACCUUCUUGCUCCUGCCUCACCAUACGUCAAAAAGUACAUGAAGAAAAAUUUUUCCAUCACCACUCCCACCACCACCACCACCACCACCACCACCACCAGGUAAACGAUACGGAAACUUGAAAAACGGUGUCGAUGAUAUCAAGAAGUGCAAAUGGUUCGUUGGCCUUGACUGGAGUCAAUUGUUGAACCGAGAAAUUCCAGCACCUUACAAGCCAAGUGUCAAGAGCGCGACGGAUACCAGUAUUUAGAUACUUCUUGUUGAUUUUGAACACGACUAUCACACACUUUCAAUUACUUUUUACAACUUCAAGUUCAACUUUGAUGAAAUCCCGCACAACAAGGUAACUUCGAGGAGUACCCGGAUAGUGACGAGAAGCCACCGGAGGUGAGUCAAGCAUCGGACCCGUUCUCAGACUGGAGCGAUUAAGACCAGCCAGAUAAGAUUAGGUCUGUUCCUGUUGUUCUAGGAAUUGUGUGACAACAUUGAUCACAACAAGGUCUUUUCACCAGGUCUCGACGAAGAUAUUAAGAUGAAGAGUAUCUACUAGGUGUAGAAGUAGAUGUCGGCAUCAACAGUCGUCUCGAAAAAUAGAUGGAGAUGGGAGGAGUAAAAGUGAUGUAUGGAAGUAGCUGCAGUACCUGGACCUAUUCCUUAUGAGUUCAAUCUGAAUCUUGAUCUUCGUGGUAUUGACCGAAACCAAAUUCUCAGUAUCCGUGCUCUCUAUUCAUUAUGGGUGAAACAGUUUAUUAGCCUUUUUAUAUCUAUCAGUUUACGGGGUUGUAGUUAUGUUUAUUUUUCGUCUCAAUCACAUUCAGAGCAAGGAGCAAGUAGUCGUGGGAAGGUUGAGAUAUCCACGUCGACCUACAGUAAAAGUAUGAACUAAAACUACAAGGAAGUUACUAUUACUAACAGUACUAAAUACAUAGAAGGUAAUAUAGGUUGUUAACUAUAUCUACACAGCAUGAAAAAUUAUAUUUCCAUAUUACCAUACAAUAAAAGUUACAUUUUGGGAGUUAAUAGUGUUAGGAGUAUCAUGAAAGUACUACUCAUAAAAGCAGAAAGACACCGUCGUGCUUGUUUCCGGAUUUUUUCGCCUACUUGGGAGACUAUAGCUGCUGUUCUUAAGUAAUAGGGGGGUCGCUAGUCGUAUGAGGGUUAAGAGAAAUUUAUUUCGGUCAUCUUCAUCAAGCAGCUCACUUUGGUGUUGUGUGUUGGCUAAGAAAGACUAGCAAUUUCUUUCGUUUCUUGUUUUUACUGAGGACGACGUUGGUGUCGGGUUCAAGUCGUUUAGCUGCGUGCUCUACCCUCUCUAUCUGCCUGGUGCAGCUAGCAAAGGAGCCUCUGGAUAAACGACGUACCUCGGUGGAGAACAAUGGCUGACAGCCGCACGAAGCCCAAACAAGCUAUGAUCUUGACCAGUGAUAUUCCAAGUACUUUUUACAACAGUAUUAAGUCUAGUAAUUCUGAGUCUUUUUUAGUCUGAUUAACAACAUCCUUGACUUCGACAUCUUCUACUUCUAGUUCAAUGUAAACAUGAAGGAAUGAUGGUGGACCUAAGAAGCUACAAGAACAGGGUGAUGAAGUGGAGGUAUGAAUUAGAAAUGGACAGAUGGUGUUAACCUUUUGUAUUAUGGUGUUAACCUUAACUACAUGUCGAGUAUUAUGACAACAAUGAAUUUGAAUGCUCUUUCAGGAACAUCAGAAUCAGGAUUGAGUUUUUUUGCAACAACUCCAAAAUGAAUAAGUCUGCCUGGAUCGAUGCAUAAGGUUUAAGCAUAGAAGCAAAUUCAAGUUUUGCUUUAUCCUGUGGCUAUGUAAGUUUCAAUUUUCAAUGCCCUGAGAUUCGUGCCUCGU